GAGCAGGAGACGUAAGAGGCAGAGGCACCCCAAGGCGUCUCCAACCUCCAAAGAAUUCCCGGGGAUCUGGACGACUUGGACAAAGUUUUUGCGGACAUCCGCCUAAGCCUACCGGAUCGUGAAGGUGGCGAAGUCAUGAGGGCGUCACCCGGGACAAAGCUUAGCUUUCAUGCAUUACCUGUAGGGAAACUUAAAGUCCAAAUCGGAACCCACCACACUGACGCGUUAGUGGACGGCGGUGCAGAAAUCACCCUCAUACGACGAGAUUUCGCAACAGUCACGGGGUUCACGGUAAACAAGGAAGUAGCAGGGAGUAUCCGGGGAGCCGGUGGUGAAAUUCCUUUCACAGGGUAUGUCACCAAAUGUGCAGUCAAGGCGGGAAUCCGGGAAUCCAUCUGGUCCUUUCAACGGAUGACCGUGAUGGAAGAAAUUGAUCAUGACAUAAUCCUCGGGAGACCGUGGUGCACCAAUGUAGAAAUGAUAGGAAUGCAUCUGCAUGACGGCACAUACAUGGUAGACAUAGAGGACCCAGUGACCGGUCGCGGAAAACUCCUCCAACUUCUUGGGAGCGGAGGGGACCCUCCAAAGGGCAAAUUGGCAACCUGGUCGCCAACAUUCGAAGAGAGUGCGCGGAAGGGGGCAUUCGCACGGAUGGAAGGUAUGAGGGAGAGAGUAGAAAUCAUGAUUGAGGAGGCUUUUAGUAAAAAGGAGUGGAUCAAGAUGGGUCUGCCCGUGAAAAAGAGGAGGCCAGAGGACGAGCUCCUAGGAGUCAUGGUGGCGGAAAAGGAGCUGGAAGUUGAACUCGGGGCCAGCCUGCCCAAAUCAAAGGAAAAUCGUAACGAGACCUCCGAGCUAGCACUCGAAAUCCCAGACUUGUUGCAACUUGUUAAGGCGAUCAGGUACCACAAAGUGGGGGUGGACCCGACAACACUUGCCAAGUUCGAGGAUGAGGUCCGAAAAGGCUACUGCCUGAAUGGAAAGAUAGUUAGCAUCCAGCCCCGCAUCAUGGAGAAGGGUCGGUUGGAUGCAAAACUAAAUUCCCCCGUUAGGAUCCAUAUGGUUGAGCAUGAGUGCUGGAACGACAAAGGGCCUGCCUAUGAGUUUGGAAUAGCGGCGGAGGUCAUUGAAUUACUUAGGGCCAAGAUAGAUUCGUUCGUAGCCGAACCCACCGCAUCCCCCUAUGCGAAAAAGUGGUUCGUUUUCCGGAAGCCAAACAAGAUACUCAGAUGGAUUCAGGACUUGCAGAAGUUGAACGCAGUAACAAUCCGUGAUGCGGGAUCGCUCCCACAGGCCGAUCUACUGGCAGAAUCCCACGCAGGGCGAAGUAUUUACUCCCUGAUAGAUAUGUACUCUGGAUAUGACCAACUGCCGCUCGAUGCGAGGGAUAGGCCGUACACCGCCAUGCACACACCAAUAGGGCAGUUGCAGAUGCAAGUGACCCCUAUGGGUUUCACAAACGCGGUGGCAGAACCGCAGAGGAGAAUGCUUGCCAUAGCAGGGGACAUGUUCCCGGAGAAGUGCGAGCCGUAUAUAAACGAUAAUCCCAUAAAGGGCGCGCGAAACAAGGAUGAGUUAGAGGUCGAGCCGGGCGUACGAAAGUUUGUCUGGGAUCACCUGAAGGAUAUCAAGGAUCUACUCCAACGAUUUUUGGUUUAUAAUAUUACCACAAGUGCACCAAAGAGCAUCCUGGCCGUCCCGGAAGUGACCAUACUGGGGUUUCGCUGUGGGGCCUAUGGAAGGAAGCCAGACCCGACAAAAAUAGAUAAGAUUUUUCAAUGGCCGACGGCCCUGCGCUUCACGACGGAAGUACGAGCCUUCCUAGGGGUGGUCGGGCUCUGGAGGAUCUUUAUCAAAGGAUUCACAAAGAUAGUUGAGCCCAUUCGCGCAAUGAUCAGGGAAGGUGGCACUAUGGACUGGACCGAGGAUAGAGAAGCGGCGGCCCAGACUCUCAAAGACGUCCCGUCUUCCGAUCAAGCUACCUUGGCUGCACCCUGCUUCAAUGACGAAGUAGGACGGCCUUUUAUCUUAGAAACGAAUGGAGGACCGUUGGCAGUAGGAGUAUUGAUACAAAUAAAUAAGGAGGACAAGGAAAGACCGAUAAGAUUUGAGAGUAGAACCUUGAAUUCGGCAGAGCGGCGGUACUCACAGUUCAAGAAAGAGGUCUUAGCUAUCCUGCAUUGUCUUAAGACCUUCCAGGCAUACCUGUUCGGGCGGCGAUUUAUUCUAAGGAUCGAUCCGACCAACGUUGUUGGGGCACUAAAGAAUUACAAACCUACAGACCCAACCGUCGGGAGGUGGAUAGGCUUCAUAUGGCAAUUCGACUACAAGGUCGAGCGAAUUGCGGGGCUUCGGAAUAGGGCGGAUGGGUUGAGUAGGGUGUGUAUCACGCCAGAAGGUAUAGAGGACGUGGAGCCAAUCGACGCCUUCCUAGAAUACGAAGGAGGGACCCUGGUCGUGGAUAACGAGAUGGCAGUUACCGCCCCUACAAUGGAUCAACUGCUGAUUCAGACUCUAAAAAAGGGCGCGCCCGCCGUAGUUGCGGAACUCAGGGAGGGACCGGUCACCACGUUUAGACGCAGGGACGAGAAGGAUUCGUGGGGAGGAAUGAUGGGGCCGAAAGAAGAACUGAUGGCAAUGGCCGUUGAAGGGGGACGGGACGCUGUGAUGACUCUAGCGGAAACCUGGGCGCAGAGGGAGAGGCAACACCAAGUGAAUCAGGCCCAGGUGGAACAGGGUACCGACCAGAAGGAACGAGAAUUUUGCCUCAUACAGAUGUAUGAGGGCAUCUUCAGGGAAAUCGGCCUGCUGCUCGUAGGAAACAAGCAACCCUUAGAAGUCAGCCCCAAGGCAAGGGAGGAAGCCGAAAAGUAUAUCCUGGAUGCAAGGGAUAACCUCAGUGGCUACGUAGAGGCGGUAACUCUUAAGAAAAAGACGGGAAAGGGAGUGGUAGAUUGGAUAGAAGACUUCUACCUUAGGCACCCCUUUGUGCGUAGGUUCAUAGCGGACAAUGGAACAGAGUUCGUCAACCAGGAGGUGUUGAGCAGGCUUAAGGCACUAUGCGUACCUAUCAAGAUCAUCGAGCCAUAUCACCCUGAGGCCAAUGCACCAGUAGAAAGGGGGCACCGAACUUUGAAGAACACAAUCGCCAAGCUGGAAGUGGAUGAUUUGGGAAACUGGCCACGGUUCCUUAAGCAGGCAGUUUUCUCAGAGAAUAUGACACUGAAAAGGAUGACGGUGCAUUCCGGCAGAACUUUGGUAUGGGAGGGAGAUUGAUUUUCCGAUGGAAGCUUUAGUCC